GAGAGAGAGAGGGUGCGACUAAGGAAGGGAAAGAACAUUAUUGAGGAAAGAGGAAGGACAGAAGUUGAUGCAGUUUAUUUGUGAGGAGAUCUGAUCGGAUCAUGAUGCUACGAUUAAGUCUUCUGCUCCUCCUGCUGUUACACUCCGCUCGCUCGAGGCUGCUGGGUUGGGUGGAGUCUCCGAAGUAUCCCACCGGUUACCUGCCACAUACUAGUUUUAACUGGAGCAGGUGUGCACCCAAAGGUCACACUCUCUCCAUCAGACUGAUCCACCUGGACCUGGAGGACAGCCAGGACUGUCAAAACGAUGCUGUGAAGGUCUUUUCAGAUGGAACCCUUAUUGCUGUUCUUUGUGGCAAAAAAGAGUUUGAGGAGCUUCAGUCCACAGUAAAUCCUUCACUCAUCUCUGGCCCUGGUGGUUGUCUCUCUCUUACUUUUCACUCGGACUUCUCAAACACAGAGAGACACACUGGCUUCAGAGGGUUUUAUUCAGAUCAAGACUUUGAUGAAUGUGAGGGAGACCCGGACAACAGCUGCACCCAGUUCUGUCACAACUUCAUUGGAGGGUACUACUGCUCUUGUCGCCAUGGUUACCAGCUGGCCAAGGACAAGCACACUUGCACUGUGAGCUGCUCUAAGGAUCUGUCAGGGCUGGACAGAGGGGACGUCUCCAGUCCAUCCUGGCCAGAUACAUAUGCAGAGAACUCAAACUGUGUCUACACCCUGUCUGUGGAGGAAACCCUGCAGCUGGAGCUCCACUUCUCUGGGGAUUUUGAUGUGGAGGAGAGCUAUGAUGGUCAAUGCAUAGACUCACUGAGGGUUGAGACAGCCUCUGGGAUUUUAGGUCCCUUCUGUGGGAAAAAGCCUCCUCCGUCUCCCCUCCUCACACACUCCCAUCACGUCCAAAUCCACUUCGACUCUGAUGGUUUUGGUGACAAUAAAGGCUUUUCUCUUCACUUUGAAACCAGAGCUAAGGUCUGUUUAGCGGUGACACCACACUCCACUCUGUCUACUCAACAAGCAGAAUAUCUUCCAGGUCAAACUGUUACAGUCACUUGUGACGUCGGCUAUGUGGUGAACACUCUUGGCAUUGAAACACAGUAUGAGACAACAUGUCAGGUUACAGGCAUAUGGACUCCCAGUUACACCUGCAACCCUGUAGAUUGUGGUCCUCCUAAUAUCCCAGAAGACAGCAUCCUUCAGCUAGUAAGCUCAGAUGACACAAGAACUCAAUACAACGACCAGAUCAGGUUUAACUGCAGCUCCAAAUAUUACAAACUGCAAGGAGAAGGCACAUACUCUUGUGGUGCCAGAGGUGAAUGGGUAUCAUCUGAAGGACAGAAAGAGUUGCCAAUAUGUGUUGAAGAGUGCGGGAUAAAAUCUACUGCAAGUGUAGAGCGGAUCAUGGGAGGUAAGGAUGCGAGACAAGGACAACUGCCAUGGCAUCUUUUAAUAACGGAGCCCUCCAGAGGAGGAGCGUCUCUGAUCACUGACCGCUGGGCUGUGACUGCAGCUCAUGUUGUGGAGAAUGUGCGGGCAGGCGCUCUGCGCAUGUAUGGUGGACUUGUUAGUGGUCCGGCACAGUCAGACAGGUUUCCCUCUGAGGCUGAAAUGAUCGUUGAUCAGAUCAUUCCUCAUCCUGACUUCAGGACUGGCCAAAGAGAACGCACCAAUUUUGACAACGAUAUUGCUCUCAUUAGGUUAGCUUCCAGGGUGGAUUUAGGCCCAAACCUCCUUCCUGUAUGUCUGCCAAGGGCAAACACAGGCUUGGCAGAAAGACAACAAGGCACAAUAUCAGGCUGGGGGGUGGCAGAUGUGGGACAACGUUUCCAUUUGUCUGAUAAAUUAAAAUACGCUGAUAUUGGGGUCUACUCGCUAACUAAGUGUCAGGAUACACCUUACACUCCAAGUAAAAAACGCACCAUUUUCACUAACAACAUGUUCUGUGCUGGAGAGCAGGGAAAGGACAGCUGUCUGAAAGACAGUGGAGGUCCGUUUGUAGUGCCCUCAGUGGGUGAAGAGGGGCCACAUUUUCUGAGGGGCAUCGUUUCCUGGGGACCACCCUGCCGUUUGAGGCAGUACAAGGGUUACUACACCAAGGUGGAGAAUUAUGUAGACUGGAUUAGAGAGACUAUAGCCACAUCUAAGCGUAUCGGAUCACUGAAGGAUUCAGGAUUUGAUGCAAAGAUGGGGUGGAUGUCAUGUAUUGUUUGGUUCCUGUUUGUGUCAGUGAGCAAGUGCUGGAGGCUGCCUGAAGCUGAGACUCCAAUGCACGGGGAGGUCCAGUCCCCCCAGUUCCCCCAGCCCUACCCUCCUAACCUGCUGAAGCAGUGGGACCUUAGUGUGCCCAAGGGGUACCAGAUCAGACUCACCUUUACACACCUGGACAUCGAAGCUUCUCCAGACUGCCAUUACGACGCCCUCACAGUCCUGGAUGGAGAAAAAGUUUUGGGCAAGUUUUGUGGUCAUGAAAACUCUGCUGAUGGGCAUCACCCUGGCAAUCACCCAGUGCUGUCUCCAGGCAAUAAACUCAGCCUCAUUUUCCAGUCAGACGAUGGCAACCCCGAGCGGCACCAGAAUGUAGGCUUCUCUGCUCAUUACCAGGCAAUAGACAUAGACGAGUGUUCAGCACCUGCAGACCGCUCAGGUCCACUCUGCUCUCAGAUCUGCCUCAACACCCUCGGCUCAUACCUCUGCUCCUGUUACCAUGGCUACGAGCUGCAUUCAGACCAGCGUACCUGUGUGUUGGCCUGUGGCAGUGGUGUUUUUGAUGAACCAGAGGGACAUCUGUUCAGUCCAGGAUAUCCAAACCCUCCACCUCAUGGUGUGUCCUGUCAAUACAUCAUUUCAGUCGAGUCUGGCUUCAUGGUCUCUCUUAACUUCACUAACAACUUCCACAUUGAGAGCAUUGACACUGAGCAAGGCCCAAACUGUCUCUAUCACUGGCUGCAGGUGACUGUUCCAAACAAAGAACCCGUGACACUGUGUGGUGGAAAGAGUCCAGGUCUAAUUGAGACAUACUCCAACACUGUGAAGCUGGACUACCACACUGAUGGUGACGGCCUGAGCCGAGGCUGGAGCCUGGACUACAGCACACACAGAGUAAGGUGUCAGUUCCCGGGUAAUGUUGUAAAGGGCAGAGUAACUCCUAUGUUGAGUGAAUAUUUCUACAGGGACUACAUCUCCGUGCGCUGUGAUCAAGGAUACAAACUCAUGGUGGAUGGUUUUGAGAUUGAGAGUUUCUCCACAAUGUGUCAGAACAAUGGACAAUGGCACCUCCCUCUGCCAGAAUGUCAUAUAAUCGAUUGUGGAGAACCUGAGCCUUUACCAAAUGGUGGAGUGACUUUUAUGUCUGGUUUUCAGAAUCAGUACCUCUCUGUUAUUCAGUAUCGCUGUAACGAACCUUUUUAUGCUCUCCUCGGGGGUGUCACUGCUACCUACACCUGUGAAGCAGACAGAAAAUGGAGAUCAAACAAUGAUAUUGUUCUUAUUCCAACGUGCAUACCAGUGUGUGGUAAGCCCACAGUGCAUCUUGAUAGCAUGAACAUUCAGAGGAUCUUUGGAGGAAAGGAGGCUCCAGAAAACGCCCUCCCCUGGCAGGUUUUACUGAGUUUGAAUGACAAUAGAGGAGGAGGCAUGGUGAUUGCAGACCGCUGGGUUAUGACUGCAGCUCACAACCUUCAACAACGUGGAGUGACAUUAUCACCUGGAUCUAUAACAAUUUACAUGGGAGGUAUUGAUGCAAAUGUGAUAACAGGCUCUCCCAUGAAUUCUACAUCUGUCCAUAUUCACCCUGAUUACAACAACCCAGACGGUUUAAACUACAACAACGACAUCGCUCUGAUCAAACUGGAGGACCAGCUCACAUUUCACUCUUCCCUCAUGCCGAUAUGUUUGCCACCAGAGGGGGCUACAUACGUCCCAGGGGCAACAGGAGUGGUGUCAGGCUUUGGUGUAGAAAACACCCAACACGGACGGAUGUCGACAAAUAAGCUGAAAUAUGUGGAGCUCCCAGUGGUGCAGCCAGGGACAUGCCACACUUCGAUCAAUAACAUUAAAAGAAGAAAUAUGCAUGUACCCGAUCUGACAGAUAAUAUGUUUUGUGCUGGACUGCCUGAAGGUGGGAAGGACUCUUGUCAGGGUGACAGUGGAGGCCCCUAUGCCCUAAUGACAAAUGGAAGCUACUGGGCUGCUGGGAUUGUCAGCUGGGGAGUUGGCUGCGGAGUUAAGGGAACAUAUGGAGUCUACACCAAAGUCACCAACUACAUCGACUGGGUCCACAAUACCAUGAAGGAGAACUGAAGUUAACAGCUACCAAUUUAAAGUGUUGCUGCAUCAAAGUAAUACAAGGAUAUCUGAAAUAAAAUAAGAGAAGCGGUCAA